GCUGCGCUCUCGCACGCACACGCACUCCUCGUCGCCGAGGCUCGCGCCCUCGUCGAGGCAGCAGCUCGCUUGGAGGAGCGGCCCAAGGCGUUUGAGAAUGCCGUUCGCACUGUCGUGACGUGCAUCGCUGGCGGCGGCAAGCUGGUGUGGACGGGAGUGGGCAAGAGUGGCCUGAUCGCGCGCAAGCUGCACGCUACCUCGCUCUCGCUGGGCCUCUCCUCCGCCUACCUCUGUCCCGUGUCUGCAUUGCACGGCGACCUCGGCGCGCUCUCCGGCACCUGGCCAUUGGCGCCUCGGGCUCCGCUGCUGCGAGCGCGCGCCGCCGAGUACCGUGCGCCGCCCGCACCUGCUCCGGACGUGCUCUGUGCACUCUCGCACUCCGGCGAGUCGGCCGAGCUGCUGCGCCUCCUGCCGCACGCGCAGGCUCGCGGCUGCCCCAUCCUCGCCUUCACGGCGCGCAAGGACUCCAGCCUCGGCCGCGCCGCCGCUGCAAAGGGCGCCUGGGUCGACUGCCGCACCGCCACGCCCAUCGAUGUCUCGCCGCAGGCACUGACGCCCGCGGACGCCCUGGUGCCGGCGCCUACCAGCAGCACGACGGUCGCACUGGCCAUGGGCGACGCCCUCGUGCUCAGCGUCGCGCGCGCUUGCGGCCUCGGCGUGCAGAGCUUCAAGCAAAACCACCCCGGCGGCUCGCUGGGC